GAGCGGUUUCCCGAGGUCAGGCAGGGAAGUAAAAAGGAAAAGCAGAUGCGCGAAAAGCUUUCGAAGGACCGACGCAUUUUAAAAGAAGUCAUCUUGAGAACCCUCUUGGAGUUAGCGGAAGGUGGAGAGUGGUAUACUUUGAAGCAAGCAGUCGACAUGUUGGAAAAAAAUGCCGCCUCCGUCAUAUCGCUCAAAACACACAAUCAAAAACUAAAAAUAUCAUUGGAAGCGCUUUCCACGGAGUUACAAAACAAUCGUCGACAGCGAGCACUCGAAGUACGUAAUAGUGACUCAAAUGUAGCUUCUCUUCGCGAUAGAAUAAAGGAUACACUACUCAACGCGCGUAUCCAGUUCGACUAUGCCGACAGGUGGCUCUGCGCUCGUGCCGAGUCAGUGGACAUGCAAUUUCAAGUAACGCAUGCACCGGCGCCAAAACCAGAGCACGAAGACUGCGUUCAUAAGGAGCUCCUCCGGGCUUACGACUUGCAAAUUAAGGAAAGAGAAGAGUUGCUGCAGUAUUGGAAAACACGAUAUGCGGCCGACACAGCAAACAUAGACGGUCGACUAAAAGACCAAUGUGAAAAACUUCGCGUCACUGUCUCUCGCCGUGUGGAAAUGGAAAAAUUGUACAACCUGCAUGAAGGCGAAAUACGUGCAUGGUUGACGUUCAAGAAAGAGCGCGCGGCCAGGCUUGCCCGCGAGGAACGGUUGCGUAAAGCUGCCACACGCAUACAGGCGUGGUGGCGCGGCGUUAUGGUUCGACGAGCCUUAGGAAGCUUCCGUUAUUUACGGAACGUUAAGAAGACAGGGGCUAAGACAAAGAAGAAGUAA